GUGUUCUAAAAAGCCUCUUAAAGGUCGACUGAAAUUUUGUAUUAACUUUAUGUUAUUGAUACGGCUUAAAAGGAAUGAAGUAAUGAACUUAGGCAAAGAACUGAGUGGCAAUACGGACGGAUUUCCUGAGAAAGGCGAAAGUCGAGAGGUGUAUUUUUCCUCCGACGUACCUUCAGAUAAUUCAAAACGCAAACGUUAUUUAACUGCAAAAUACGAUAGAAGAACUCGUCAGAAAAUUAGCGAAAAAAUACGACUUGAAAAUUUCGUUUUUGAACAGCUUCGUAUCCUUUAUCGCACAGAGGUCGAUGACUAUGAUUGUGAUAUAGAUUUGGAUGAAAUAAGUGAUCUUAAAACGAAUGAUCAGAAAGUUCAAAACCUUAAGGAAAAGCUGAAGUCCUGCCCAGCUAAACAAGAGCAAAUUGAUGUAAGUAUGUGUGUAGUCCUUAUUUAUUUGUUUUCUCACUAUUUGCUACCUAUUAGGGUGUUAGUAUUGAAAUUUUGGUUUUAAGCUGCACAGGUAUAUUUCAGUUUAGAGCUAUGAGAAAAUCUAUAUUCAUUGGGGAUGUUUCCAUUAAAAAUAUUGUAGCCCUAUAACCCACUAUCAAUCCACCUGUUUUGUUAUUAAAUUGUCCAAUGCUUGAAAAAUAAAACUGCGAAUAACUGAAUAAAGAAGAAUUCAUAUACUUUUAAAUAAUCAGACUAGAUCAAAGUUCGUUCUGUCAGGUUAUU